AUGUCAACCGUUGGAAGUGUCAGCGACUCUGACGAUGAAUGCAGCAAUAACACUAGCAGAAUUGGCAAAUCAGAUGUUUGGAAAUUUUUUGAAAAGAUUAAAAAUGGAACGAGCGCUAGGUGCAAAGCUUGUGGAAAAAUUUAUAAAACUACCGGCAACACAUCGAACCUCAGAGAUCACCUCAGGCGAUUGCAUCCUACUAUCAAAUUAUGUGAUUUGCCCAGGUCAUCUGGUAGCAUUUUGCCAUUCAUUGAAAACAAAUAUGAUAAGUUUUCUGCUCGCAAAAAGGCUAUUGAUAACGCAAUUUCUGAGUUUGUUGCCUGUAGCAUUCAACCCUUCAGCCUUGUCGAUGAGAAAAGCUUCCGAAAAUUAAUAAAUGUGCUGGACCCUCGCUAUGAGGUGCCGUCUAGGACGACGUUGAAGCACGUGCAGAUGGAGAACCUAUUUGAUCAAAUGAAAGCAAAGUUGUCUUCCACUCUGGAUAAAAUUGAGCAUCUUGCCAUUACAACAGAUCUGUGGACAUCGCUGGCGAGCAAGUCCUUUAUCACCAUCACGUGUCAUUUUGUAGACGAAGCUUUUAUUUUACGAUCAGCAGUGCUUUCAACAAAUAUUUUGCUAGAUGAAAGCAACCAUUCAGCACAAAAUAUUGCUGACACAGUGCGCUUGGUUCUGGAUAAAUGGAACAUUUACCACAAAAUUUCCGCUGUUGUCACCGACAAUGACAAAACAAUGAUUAAAAUGUGCCAAAUUAUACAAAAACGACAUCUUCCUUGCUUCGCGCAUACUCUAAACUUAAUAGUUCAAGAAGCUCUUAAGUUGGAUUGCAUUCAACCGGUCGUUGUAAAAUGUAAACGCAUCGUUACGUUUUUCAAAAAUAGCAACAUAGCAUACGCGAAGUUUAGAAAUGCACAGCAGCCAGGCAAGGUAUAUAGCCUAAAACAAGAGGUCCCCACCAGGUGGAACAGCGCCUUUAGCAUGAUUCAAAGAAUUAUUUUGACCAAUGACUCAAUUGCAAAAGUUUUACUGGGCACUCCAAAAGCACCUGCACCCCUGACAGCGGAUGAAGUUGCCAUUUUGAACGACAUUGUUAAAUUGCUGUCACCGUUUGAUAAUGCCACGGUGAAAACAUCUUCAUCAACCUCGGUCACAGUUUCGCUCAUAAUUCCAAUUGUGUGUGGACUCUGGGAUACCAUGGACGGUUUAAAGCUCAAAUUGGAAACCAAAGAAGGCUUCAAUAUGUUGGCUAUUCUAAUUGACUGCAUAAAACGAAGACUGUUGGAGUAUGAAAGACGUACAGUCACCAGAUUUGGGACUUUACUUCACCCUCGAUUUAAGAAGGAGGGCUUUCUUUCACCUCAAAAUGUGUCAGAAGCCACGAAGUUGCUGGAAAACGAUAUAACUCUUCUAAACAAAAAUGUCCAUCCAGCUAAUGAGAACACCGAGCCGCCAACUCCAACUGAAAGUCCAGGCCAUAACCAGCCACUGUUUCAGUUUCUCAAGAGGAAUAUUGCCAAAAAAAUUAGGACCGAUAGAGUGGACUCCAUUUUAAGCCUUCGCAACUAUUACGAUAGUCCAAAUCUUCAUGAAGAUUGUAAUCCUCUUGAGUACUGGCAUCUUUAA